AUUCCCUCAGGGUCCCGGCGCGGCGGGGGUUAAGGUGGGCGCCCGCUCCCUGCACUCGCGGGGAUGUUCGUGCAGUCCGUGCCGCCUGCUAGCCGGCUCGCUCCAAGUCGACACCGGGAGAAAGUGGCGGUCAGGGAUGCAGCUGCUGCCAUGACAACCCUGGCGAGCAUGGCCCGCGCGCGUAGGGGCUGCUCCCGGGAGGAAGGCGGCGCGGAGGCCGGGGGCGGCCGCUGAGCGUGGCGUCCGCGCGUCCCCGCGUCCCGUGCAGCGUCCCCGGAGGAGGCGGGGGCCGCAGUCCGUUCAGCUCCCCGCGUCCAGAGCCUUCGCCGCGGCGCUCCGCGGGCUGGCAAGGGCCUGGCAGGCGGGAAUCGCCCACCGGGAUUCAGGGAGGACAGCCUCAGAGCGGAGGAUCCGGGCUAGCCGGCUGCGGGUCUCCGUGUGCAACUUUUUGUCGCCUUGGGGUCCAGAUGCGAGACUUGGAGCUGUUUUCUAACUCUAUCCAUACAUGAGUGCCGGUGCGCAGCGGAGAUGCCACCUUCCCCAAAGCUAUGGACAACGUGACGGUCCGGCAGGGGGAGAGCGCCACCCUCAGGUGUACCAUAGAUGAUCGGGUCACCAGGGUAGCCUGGCUAAACCGCAGCACAAUCCUCUAUGCUGGGAAUGACAAGUGGUCCAUAGACCCUCGAGUGAUCAUCUUGGUCAACACACCUACCCAAUACAGUAUCAUGAUCCAGAAUGUGGAUGUAUAUGAUGAAGGUCCAUACACUUGCUCGGUGCAGACAGACAAUCACCCCAAAACCUCCCGGGUCCACCUCAUAGUACAAGUUCCUCCCCAGAUAAUGAACAUCUCUUCAGACAUCACGGUGAAUGAAGGAAGCAGUGUGACUCUGUUAUGUCUUGCGAUUGGCAGACCAGAACCAACGGUAACAUGGAGACACCUGUCAGUCAAGGAAGGCCAGGGCUUUGUGAGCGAGGAUGAAUAUCUGGAAAUCUCUGACAUCAAACGUGACCAGUCCGGGGAGUACGAAUGCAGCGCCUUGAACGAUGUCGCCGCUCCUGAUGUGCGGAAAGUAAAAAUCACUGUAAACUACCCUCCUUAUAUCUCAAAAGCCAAAAACACUGGUGUUUCAGUUGGUCAGAAGGGCAUCUUGAGCUGUGAAGCCUCUGCUGUCCCCAUGGCUGAAUUCCAGUGGUUCAAAGAAGAUACCAGGUUAGCCACUGGCCUGGAUGGAGUGAGGAUUGAGAACAAAGGCCGCAUAUCCACUUUGACUUUCUUCAACGUCUCAGAGAAGGAUUAUGGCAACUAUACCUGUGUGGCCACAAAUAAGCUUGGGAACACCAAUGCCAGCAUCACACUGUAUGGGCCUGGAGCAGUCAUUGAUGGUGUAAAUUCCGCCUCUAGAGCACUGGCUUGUCUCUGGCUCUCAGGGACCUUCUUUGCCCACUUCUUCAUCAAGUUUUGAUAAGAAACCAUAGGUCCUCUGAGCGACGCCUGCUUCUCCAUAUCACAGACUUUAAUCUACACUGCGGAGGGCAAACCAGUUUGGGGUUCUUUUGGUUUAUUUUUGUUCUUGUUGGCUCCUCCCCACACUUUGGUUUGUUUCUGGGAUUUUUCAAGUUUAUUUGAUUUUGUUUUAUUUUUUUCUUUUAAAAUAAAGUGGGUUGGGGUUGGGGUGGGCAGGGUUUAUCAAGGGUAGGAUAAUCUUUUAUUGGUGUGCCCCAAAAUGGAAUCUGUUCUUGCUACCUUGGCCUUCCUUUUCUCUUUUUCUCUUCCCACAACCAUAACACACACACACAAACACACACACACAUACACUCCAAAAAUUGGGCAAAAAGAAUAUGUCCCAUGUCAAACACCCUGAAGGUAUAACUUGACUCACAAUGUAGUACACAUUAAGAGUUGCAUCUGCAUGUCUUAUUGUCUUUGUCUUUUAAGCUUUCAGUUGUUUCCCUCGUUAAAAGGUACAUAUCCUCAUCCCCAUGCUUAUUUCAGCAACGAUUCCAUUAGGUCUCACCCAUUCUCUUUGUAAGAAGCUAGCUCAUUGUAUCCAUAGAUAUACAUAUGUGUACAUCCACAUGUUCAAUUCUGCCAUCUUCUCCUGCCUUCCCACUCCACUCAUUUCUUCCACUAGUUGUAAGAAUUACAGGCUUGAGACUAUGCAGACAAUGCAAAACUAAAAAUUUACAAGACAAGUAACCAAAUGAGAAAAGUAUGUUAAUACUAGUACUUCCCUUAAAUGCUGUCACAACUCAUAAAAAAGUGAUCAAUACCUGGCUAAUUAUUUUAUCAAGCUAUCAAAGCAAUCAUACCGUCAUUCUGUUACUCAAUUGAUUUCUCUCUCCCUCUAGUUCUACCCACCCGUCUUUCUCUCUCGCAAUCCAUUUGCUCUGUUUAUCAUAACAUCAAUAUAAUUAUCUAGCUGUUUUCUGUUUUCCCUCCCACUCUUCACUCUCAGUUCAUCGCCGUAUUAACCUCUGAUCAUAUGUGUCCAUGCCACUGUCUCCAUUUCUCCAGCACCAUCAAGAGACAUUACCAUCUUCAGAUUUGCCUAGCAACUUCUUAUGUGAAAGCCAGUGAUCUUGCAGGCUAACUAUACAGAAGAGCAAUUUCCUAUGCCAUGCAUCCUUUGGGAGUGUGGAGACCCAUCCACUCAAAUUAUCCGUUGUGAACAGAUGGACCAAAGUUGCAAUCUAAAGAUCAGUCACUCAUUAUUCCCAGAGAGACUGUUUCCUGAACCACCUUCUCGGGAAGCAGAUGAACCCUGGAGAAGCCUUGAUUAUGCUGCAUUUCUCCUUUAACAGCUGGAAGAUUAAGGUACCAACCUCAUGCUGCUCUUGGCCUUUCAAGAAAAGCGCACGUCAGGAACUUGGAGGAACUUCUUGGUAGCUGGCUUUCAUUAGCAAAAAGAACCUGACGGGCGAAAACCACGUAUCUGUUCCUUCUAUGUAAAGACAGCAGUCCAUCAGCUGGGGUGUGAUAACUAAUAGCUAAACAUCUCCCUUCUGCUCCAGUUUUGAUUUGAAUUGUUUGAAAAUUAUCCAGCAAAGGGCUGAUGGAGGCCAAUUACAUGGCACGCGUGUUGACAACUCUGGUAUUUGUUUCAGAAAGCUCUUCUAAGCUGAGGGCACUUGAGCUACUGACUUAAUUUCCAAGCACUUGAUUAACACAACAUGGCAAACAGAGGCGGGGAGUGUCAGCAAUACUGUUUCCUAGGCCGUUUCUCUAGUGCUUCGGGGAUGAAUGUCCCCAAGUUCCUGUGUUCAAAGCAGGCCUAGUGUAUGAGUAAGAUCAAAUCCAGCCUCUCAGCCUUGUCUCUUGGGAAAAGAGGAACUCAGCCAACAAGGGAACCCGCAGUUCAAAUGAACAACACUGAAGGCCACAAAGGGAUCUAUCUCUGUAGGGACUGGCUUACUGAGUGGUUGAGAAAAAAGUACCAACAGAGACUUUCUCACAAACAUAUCUUGCCUCCCUCAGGGACCCUUUUCAGGUUCAUUUCCAGAAACUAAUAACCAUGGGCUCCACUAGAGUUCAGUUCCCUUAAAGCUUAACAGAUCACUUGCUCCAGUGUAAGUUUCUGCUCUGUGCCACUAUGGCUACAUGAAUACAAUACCCACAGUGGGUACUUACAUACCUGUGUAUACAUAUUCACAUAUAUACAAAUGUAGGCUUCCUUGGCAUCAAGCUCGGAACUGUCAUAAGAGAUAGAGCUGGUGUGAUCAAAAUUAAUACUCUCCUUGCCAGCUGUAAACAGACAUCUGCAUUUCCUAGGGAGCUGCCAAGAAUGAGACUCCGAGAGCAUAAAUGAUGUGCCAAAAGCAGCCUAUUUAUUCCAGCUUCCAGAGGCAAUCAGGAGCAGGCACAAAGUCAGAAUUACAGGUCGGAUAUAUGAGUUUCAGAUCUGUCACCACACUCGGCACCUGGGAUUGCGUUGGUGUCAAGCAUUGUAUGAGACAUAAACGUGACUUCUGAGAUUUCUACUAAUCCUACGUUUGUUCCUUUGGAGAGAAGGCAAUGUGGAUGCCAUGGGAACUGACAAGGGUUGAGGGGAUCUGCUACUGGAAAUGAACAAGUUGUGACUGCCCUUCACCGCCUCGUGCAAGCAGAUUAUCAGAACCCCACUGAGUACGGACUCAGGGUCACCAUGCAACUCUACUGGGCCUACUUUCAUGGGAUACUAGACGUGUCUUUGAUAAUCACCUAUUCCAUCGAAAUGUCAGAAGAAAAAAAAAUAUGCUCCAGCCUGUCCUUCUGUCUGGAAAAAGGAACACCAAGUAGAAAUGAACCAAGGCACCUGGGUACCCGAUGUGAAAGUGACUUCUUCACAACAGACAUACUCCAGUUCCUGCGUUAUCUGAGUGACUUUGGGAAGGAUGGCUCCACGUGAUGGGAGCUGAUUCCCAACACGUUGAAGCAAGUAGAGCUGCUCCAUAGAAACAGUACGCACACUUCCACAUGCCUUUCUGACUUUACACAUGGAGGGAGGUCAGGCCUACUAGACAGAAAUGUUCAGCCUGACAAGGGUGGCUGAGAGGAAGGGAUAAGGCUAGAGAAAGGGUAUCACCUUAGUCGAAGUAACUGAUAGAACACUGUGGGUUUUCUGAGUGGAAACCAAAUGAGGUUUAUGAAGGGACUGAGUAAAAGGAAUUCUACAAAGGUAGUUGUUCUAAAGUUGUUUCCCCUUCCCAUAACAUUGACAGUUUGUCCUUCCACCAAAGUGAUGCGAAUGAACGUACUUGUGUUAUGCCUCUGGCCAAGCUUGUUUUUGAGUAGUUUAAUGUCAAGUGCCUGAUAUAGUCAUCUGCAAGUUGAAUCAAGGGUGUUUAGGUUUUCUUUCUUGUUCUCACUGGGAAGGGUGGAGAUGCAGUUGUCAAAACAUAUAUAACUCUAACACAGAGAGCUAGGUACCUCGCCCUUCUGCUGUGGGCUACAGUUGUGUGCAGUGCAACAGAAGGAAAUGGGGAGGGAUGUGUGCCACCAAGGGCCUUUUCCCUCUGAAGUUCAUACUGCUUUGGGAUGUUGUUCAUGGGUUGGGGAGUUGGUUUUCAAAAUCUGGUUUGCUCUGGGUCUCCAGGAGCUCCAUCAUUGAAACUGAGUUUUAAGAAUCUUUUUCUGCAUCCAUCCGGUCAAGUUGUCCUCAGCAAAGAAGCGCAGCAAUUUCUACCUUUCUUAGAAAAAAAAAUGCCAAAAAAGCAGAAAAGCCCCAAAGUGGACAGUCGAUUCCAAAUUGUUUAUCACGGUCGCUGGAUCAGGAACAGCUGGAAAUUUCAUACUGAUGUUUUAGUUAAUGCUUUCAGGGCCAAAGGGCUCAUGUUCUUAGCAGACCCUAUGGCAGUUAUCAGCCCCAUAAGAGAUGGUAGAGAGUAAUAGCUUAUGAAGUUAUGAGGGAGUAUCUGCAAUUUCAUCCUUAGUUUUCACCAGUUUAGGAGGAACUGAUUUGAUAGUACCUAAAAUCAGGGACCUUAAAACCUCUUCCUGAUGGAGUCAGAGGAAGCAGCAUGAUUAUUAUUUUUAAUUUGGGGGAAAAUGAAUUUUUCUUCAACAGCAUGAAUAUCUGGGUUUUAUUUGGCAUAAGGCUUAUUCCUAGAAAUCCUUAUGGUCGAUUGCUUCCCCCCUUAUUAUCCAAAUCUCCCUUCUCUCUUUCUUUCAAGACAAACGCGUUUGAGUAGCUGCAAUAGCACUUCACAGGUGUUCAACAAGGAAGGCAACAGUGUACAGGAUGCCAUAUUAUGAACACUUCUAAUGACCACACACACAAAAAAACAGCAAACAAAUAAAAAUGCCAGGCUCAUUUCCCUCGUUUCUUGCUUAAGAGAAGAGAAGCAAAUGGAAGGAAGAAGAAAUAGAUUUGCAAUUAAAAAUGUGACAAAAAGAUAAAGCUGAGCCAGUGCAAUUUAGCCUUCAGGUGCAGAACACGGAGCCCAAAAGAAUGUGGAGUGGACUUAAUUAGAUACAAUUGUCUUCAUAGGGAGAGUAGGCAGUGAAACCCGAUUUCCAGCAUUUUGGAAGAGACUCCUUGCAUCCCCUCCCCUGAGUGGUGCACUUCUAAGGUACAUGGUUGUUUCGUACCACUAGGUGGAGAAAGAAAGGUUGAGAGCCUCCACCAUCCUUGUGGGGCACCAUCCCAGGUUAUUUGGCAGAGUUCCAGAAUCUCAAUAAUAACAAUGGUAAGUAAUAAUAGCUGCCCUUGUGUUAGUGAAAAGGAACAUUUUUAAUCGUUCAGAAAUUCUCGUGACAUGUAAAGUGCAAUUGUGAGGAAUGUGUGGGUGUACGAAAAUGUAUCUGUCAAGUUCAGAGUCCUCUAGGUUAAAAAAAAACUUAUAUGAUAUCAAUGGUGCCGUUAAUAGCUGUGUUGGACAAUGGGUGUGCCCGUUUUCACAAUUAUUCUUAAAACAAAUCUAUGUUCUGAUGCUUUAAAUUUUAUCACAUGAUACAAGAAUAUGACUUUGUCAGCCUUUAAAACUUCUUUUUUUGCUUUCUUUCUUUUUUUUCCUUCAAAAAAAAAUCAAUGAAGACUUGAUUUCUGUCAAUCAUUGUAUUGAGGGUGAAUAUACUACCUGAAUUUUGUGCAUGUUACAUUGUAGUUGUAACCUUUUCUAAUUCAGGAUGAAUACAAGAUGGUUGUGAUUGUGCAGUGUAUCAAUAAAGUUUGAAGAAAUUUGUAACUUUUAGGGGGCUCUUCAUUGGGAUGUCCCUUUGAGACCCUGCAAUGGGAGAAAAUGGAGCAGUUAUGUGUUUCAGACUUUGGGGA